AAGAAGAGGAUAUAUAGGAGAAUAUUAGCCCAGACAUGGCAGGCCCGAUCCAGCCCAUCGACCGGCGCUCGGUGCACCAGAUCUGCUCCGGCCAGGUGGUGCUGAACCUCGCCACCGCCAUGAAGGAGCUGGUCGAGAACAGUCUGGACGCAGGGGCAACAAACAUAGACAUCCGUCUGAAGGAGUACGGCUCAGAACUGCUGGAGGUGGUCGACAACGGCUCAGGAGUGGAGGAGAGCAACUUUGAAGGACUCACGCUGAAGCACCACACCUCCAAACUACAGGACUUCUCAGAUCUGACGUCGGUGGAAACAUUUGGGUUCAGGGGGGAGGCUCUCAGCUCCCUCUGUGCACUCAGUGACCUGUGUAUCACCACCUGCCACAGGGAUGCCCACGUUGGCACCAAGUUAGUGUAUAAUCACAAUGGCAAACUCAUACAGAAGACACCAUGUGCUAGACAGCAAGGCACCACUGUCACCAUCCAGCAGAUUUUCUGCACACUCCCAGUCAGACAUAAGGAGUUUCUCAGGAAUCUUAAGAAGGAGUACUCCAGGAUGUUGACUGUGCUGUAUGCCUACUGCAUCAUCAGCACUAAUGUCAGAAUAACCUGCACUAAUCAGGCUGGCAAAGGUAAGCGUACGACAGUGGUGAGCACCAAUGGGAACAUGAACAUGAAGGAAAACGUCACCAACGUGUUCGGUCCCAAGCAGCUGUCGGGCCUGCUGCAGUUUGUGCAGAACAGACCCAGUCAGGAGGUGGCGGAGGAGAUGGGGGUCAAGGGGGGCAACACAGACCUCUUCAGUAUUACAGGUUACCUGUCCACAUGUUCCCAUGGCCAGGGCAGGAGCAGCUCAGACAGGCAGUACUUCUUUAUCAACAAGAGACCUUGUGAUCUGCCAAAGGUGUCCAAGGUUGUGAACGAAGUCUACCACAUGUACAACAGACACCAGUAUCCAUUUGUCGUCCUGGAUAUCUCCUUGGCCAGGGAUUCAGUGGAUGUGAACGUAACACCAGACAAGCGACAAGUUUGGCUGCAAGAAGAGAGAACACUGCUGGCAAUAAUCAAGACAUCCCUCAUGCAAAUGUAUGAGCCAACAGCCUCUGUGUAUGCAGUGAACCAGGCAGUACUUCCCAAUAGUAAUACAGUUCCCGCCUCGAAUCUUCAAUUACCGUCAUCUGUCAGCAGAGACAGCAGGGCAACGUGUGCAGAACCUUGCAGUGUCAAGAAAUCUGCAGGCCUUUCUUUGGCAGGGCUCAAAAGGUCCUUCUCUCAUCCAUCGGUGGACAAAGAUGACACCCCCCAGGGCAGAACUCCCAAACAGAGGAAGUUGGAUACUUUCUUCAGAAGUCCUCCCUCUGGCAAACAGGAAGCUUCCGAGAGCUCAGAAGCUACAAGCGUAUCUCUGCUUGACAAAGAAGAAACCGUUGAAUGUGAAGAGGAAGGAAAACCUGAUUAUCCCCUUCAUUGUACCCUCAGUAUGACUGAUCAGAUGUCAAAAGAUAACAGAUUUGAAACUGCCACUAACAUCAAAAGUAUUAAGUCUGCUCCUGAGCUUGAAUCAUUCACACCUGUUCAUGACCAUGACAGGAUUCAAACAGAUGAAUGCCUUGCUGUGUUGUCUGAUGAAAGUAACAAAGAGCAGCAGAAGCAAACCGUUCUCAUCACAUGUAUAGAGACUCCACAGAAGCAUGGCAGUAGUAUCAAUGCAUCUACUAGCGACAAUGAUUCCAACAAAGAUUUAUGUCAAAGAAAUGAAAUUACCGUGCAAGUCAAAGAGGUCAAAAUACAGAACAGUAGAAUACCUCUUGCAAGGUCAGAUUCUGAAAAUCAACUAAACACAUUAUUACAAGAGGAGGAUGCAAAGAAUGAGAAAGUGAGUGGUGCCAACCUUUCUUCGUGUAGCUCUGAACGUGCAACAACAUCACCACUUUCUCUGACCAGGAGUGACUCUACCUGUACAGAAACAGUAAAGAAAGAAACUACAGAAGAGUCUGAAACAGAAAUCCUUCCAGUGUCCUUUGACCAAGCAACUGACAUACACAGGAAGGAAAUCAAACUUGGCUUCAGUAUGGACUCCUUAAGACAGAAGUUAAAAAGACAUGCAGAACAUAAAGAGAGAACAGAGAUGAUGGGAAGGUCAUUCAGGGCUAAAAUCUCACCAAGUGAUAACCAGGCAGCAGAGGAUGAGCUGAGGAGAGAGAUCAGCAAGGACAAGUUCACACAGAUGGAGAUCCUGGGACAGUUUAACCUUGGCUUCAUCAUCGCAAGACUGGGUGGAGACCUCUUCAUCAUUGAUCAGCAUGCCACAGAUGAGAAGUACAACUUUGAGAUGCUGCAGAGGAACACGGUGCUGCAGGGACAGAGGCUGAUCCAGCCACAGAGUCUCCACCUCACCGCAGCCAACGAGAGCAUCCUCAUGGACAACAUGGACAUCUUCAGGAAGAACGGCUUUGAAUUCACCAUCCAGGAAGAUGCACCCUGUACAGAAAGAGUCAAGCUGGUGUCCAUGCCGGUCAGUAAGAACUGGACGUUUGGGAAGGAGGAUAUAGAAGAACUCAUCUUCAUGCUCAGUGAUGCACCGGGUGUGAUGUGCCGUCCGUCACGUGUCAGACAGAUGUUUGCGUCGCGAGCCUGUCGUAAGUCAGUGAUGAUUGGCACAGCCCUUAACCGGGGAGAGAUGCGCCAACUGCUGAGCCACAUGGGAGAGAUUGAGCAGCCGUGGAACUGUCCUCAUGGCCGCCCCACUAUGAGGCACCUCUUUAACCUCAACAUGCUGCCAGACUGAGCCAAGUUCUCAUUUCUAAGGCUAAGAUUCUGUUAGGAAUCAUUGAAGUAGUAUUAUCUCACCAAGGCAACUUUUGCGACCAAGCAUUAGGACAGUA